AUGCUGAGAAAUAUUCGUUUAUUUUGGCAGGAGCCCCCAGCUGAGAACAUGAUUGCUAGGCCUGCCCCUGAAAUUGAAGAGCCAGGUUCCUGCAGCAAAAAGCAUUCCAGUCGACUUUGCUUUCCAUUGCUUGCUACGAAGAAAUAUGCAAUAUAUAGACUUGUACAAUUUUUUUCACAACAGUACGUAACUUCAACAUUAAUGACAGAUUUUGAGAGAUUAUUACAGAUUUUCAGGUCUUGCUCCAGAGAUCCCACGCAGUCUGUCCUUAAUAGAGUCAAAGAGAUGGGUGAAAUAUUUUGUCAUCAUUACACACAGUCUACCAAGGAUCACUCUGGCUUCUCAAUAGACAGUACUAUCAGGCGCCUUCGACUUGCAGAAGUUCUUUACUAUAAAGUCCUGGAGACAGUUAUUGAGCAAGAAAAGAGGAGAUUAGGAGAUAUAGAUCUGACUGGUAUAUUGGAACAAGAUAUAUUUCACCGAUCUCUUCUGGCUUGCUGCCUUGAAAUAGUUAUCUUUUCUUAUAAACCUCCAGGGGACUAUUCAUGGAUCAUUGACAUCUAUGACCUUCCACCCUAUCACUUUUACAAGGUGAUAGAAGUACUUAUAAGAGCAGAGGAUGGUCUCUUCAGGGAGGUAGUGAAACACCUAAAUCAUAUUGAGGAAACAAUUCUGGAAAAUAUGGCAUGGAAACAAGAAUCACCCCUUUGGGAUGGAAUUAAAGAUGCAGAAAACAAGGUUCCAACAUGUGAGGAGGUGAUGCCACCACAUUACUUUGAAAAUCUGGAAAACACAGGAAGCAGUGAGAUGUAUUCUCCCAUUACCCCUACACGACUUAAGGAGGUUCACACUGAGAGUGGCAAGAAAGAAACCAUUGCAUCGCCCACCACAUUGCAUGAUCGAUACAGCUCUCCAACAGCAAGUAAUGCAAGGAGGAGACUCUUCAUGGACAGUGACAACAGUCCUGACCCUUCAAGCAACUCCCUCAGAAAUUCCCAGCAACAAACUGUACCAGUCCAGAAUGUGGCUAGUGAGACUGUUUCUAUUGCACAUGUCCCUGGUCAGACUUUAGUAACCAUGGCAACUGCGACUGUUACAGCUACCAAUGGACAAACUGUUACUAUACCAGUUCAAGGUAUCGCAAAUGAAAAUGGAGGAAUUACUUUCAUCCCAGUUCAACUCAGUGUUACAGGACAGGCCCAGUCUGUGACAAACUCCAUUCAACCCCUUACUGCUCAGACUCUUGCCAGUAGUCACCAGUUACCCGGAACUACAGUGCAGAUUGCUGGACAGGUAUCAAUGCAGCAAUCCCCAGGACAGAGACAAAAUCAAUGCCAAAUAGCAAUGAGCAGCAAACCCAAAAAGACCGGCUCAGUAGCUCUGUUCUUUAGAAAGGUUUAUCAUUUGGCAAGUAUUCGUCUGCGUGAUCUCUGUGCAAAACUGGAUAUUACUGAUGAUUUGAGGAGGAAAAUCUGGACAUGUUUUGAAUAUUCUUUGGUCAACUGCACUGAUCUGAUGGUUGAUAGGCACUUAGAUCAGCUGCUGAUGUGUGCUGUUUACAUAAUGUCCAAGGUAACAAAAGAGGAUAGAUCCUUCCAGAACAUUAUGCGUAGCUAUCGAACACAACCGCAGGCCAGCAGCAAUAUUUACAGAAGUGUGCUGCUAAAAGCUCGAAGACGACGGACCUCAGGUAGCAGUGACAGUAGUGGUCGCCAGGGCUCGCCAACUGAGACUAGCAGAGACAGGACUAGCAGAGACUCUAGCCCAAACAUGAGGUCUAGCAGUACACUUCCUGUGCCUCAACCUAGCAGUGCACCACCUACACCAACGCGACUAGCUGGAGCAAACAGUGAUAUGGAAGAGGAGGAGAGGGGUGAUCUCAUUCAAUUCUACAAUAAUAUCUACAUCAGAAGAGUCAAAGCAUUUGCGUUGAAAUAUUCCUCAUCAAAUAUAGAGAAUGGGAAUGAAGCUCCAACUUUAUCACCCUUCCCAUCUGUAAGGACAGGAUCACCACGCAGAGUCUUACUAUCUCAGCAUCACUCCAUUUAUAUAUCACCUCACAAGAACGGAGGUUCACUCUCACCAAGAGAAAAAAUGUUUUACUGUUUUAGCAAAAGUCCAUCAAAGAGACUGAGAGACAUCAACAGCAUGAUUAAGUCUGGUGAAUCACCAACCAAGAAGCGUGGCUUAUCAUUGGAUGACAGCAAUGAAUUGCCAGCUAAGCGGAUUUGUCAGGAAAACCACACUGCAUUGUAUAGGCGUUUGCAGGAUGUAGCCAAUGACAGAGGAUCUCACUGAUCCAGUGUGAGGUGUCAACCUCAGUUGCUGUGAAUAGUUUCCUUUCCUUAAUCUUAACCUGGAAAGCAAACCACAAAAGAUUACAGCUGAGCUUAAAGCUUUGUGAAGGUUAUACAGGCAAUGAACACAGCAUAGGAAAUCACAAAUUGCAAGUGACCAAGAUUUUGAUCCUUUGAACACACCAAUCUCUUGCUUUCACAAGCUAUUUGUGCUUUUUUUAAAAAAAAGAUCUGACAUUUGAAGGCAGAGUGAAUUUUUAGGUUGAGAAAGAUUGCUGAAGCAUUAAAAAUGUUUCCAAUUGAUUUAAAAGCUUUUAAAGCAGGUUUAGGACAGCAUACACAUCAUACCAAAUUUAAUUAUAGCAUUAACUUUCAUGUUGAAAAUUAAAUUUUAACUGGGUAUUUGAAAACAAACUAUAAAAAUCUGUCAAAUCAGAAAAAAAAUGUUCCAGUGUUGUACUUUUGUUACACUGGAAGAAACUCUUGGAGGUAAAUUUUCAUCUCCACACAGCAUUCCAAAACAAGGCCAUGUAUUAUGUAUACACAUAGAUGGUGCACUAAUGUAUAGUUAUGAUUACUAUUAUGGUGUGCACAGAAUUGGCAGCUAUCUUGCAUACAAUUAGUCUGGAAGAUUAGUAUAUGUAGGAGUAGUAUGUUAUUGAUGCACUAAGUGCUGAAAGAUCCUUACAGCAAAUACAUAAGAUGUAUAGUGAACAUUAAGCAGUAGACUAAAUAUUCAAGGGAAUAUCCUUAUAGCUACAUGGCAUUUUAUCAUAUUGUAAAAAAGGUCCUAGUCAUUCCUUAUGAAUCAGUGUACUUUCAUCAAUUGAAUAUCUAAGUAAAUAGAAGCAAGACUUCAGUAGAGCAGAAGGAAUUAUUCUAACUUAAUAGGAUACAUUGUGAUGUUUUCAUCUUCAUCAAAUGGGUUGAAUAUAAACCAAGUGAAUAUAAUCAUUUGGAAAUAGGAACAGUGUGUAGGUUUAAACACCAUUGGUUCUCUUCAACAGUGCCAAUCCACAGAUCAGGACUUCAAUUCAAAACUAUACAAGAGAAUAUAAACUGUCGAAAAAUU